CGGCAUGAGCUGAAGCGGCCGGGUCUCAGCCUGCGGGAGGCCGCCGCACCCCUGGGCGCGGGGGAAGGAGGGGAGCCCCCGCGGGUCCAGCAACAUGUUUCAGGUGCCACUGCCACUGGAUCGAGAUGGGAUCCUCUUCCGGCUCCGCUUUACCACCCUGGCUGUCGGGACCGUGUGUUGCCCGCUGUUUGGAUUCCUUUUCUGCGUGAUCUGGUCUCUGCUGUUCCACUUUCAGGAAACGACAGCUACUCACUGCGGUGUCCCCAAUUACCUCCCCUCCAUCAGUGCCGCGAUUGGCGGCGAGACCCCUCAGCGCUACGUGUGGCGUUUCUGCAUUGGCGUCCACUCGGCGCCCCGCUUCCUGGUGGCCAUCGCGUACCGGAACCAUUACCACAGCUGUCACUGCGCGCACCCUCGCUACCCACGGCUGUGCCGCAUCAACUUCGCCCUCAACGUGCUCGAAAACCUCGCUCUCCUUUUGCUGACGUACGUCUCUUCCUCGGAAAACUAUGCAAUCCACGAAAACGCCUUCAUCCUCUUUAUCACCUCGGCCCUGGGCCACAUGCUCCUGACUUGCAUUCUGUGGCGGAUGACUAAGAAAAACACAGUAAGUCCCGAGGAGUGCAAGUCCUACAAGUGGAAGCUGCUGCUCUUCCUCUUUAACCUCGUCACGUUCUCCUUGGCCGUGUGCAUCUACUUCCGCCACAAUUGGUACUGCGAGGCCGGAGCCUAUACCAUCUUUGCUUUCCUGGAGUACCUGGUCGUCCUUUCCAACAUGGCUUUCCACAUGACCGCCUGGUGGGACUUCGGCAACAAAGAGCUGGUGGUCAGUUCCCAGCCAGAAGACAAACGUUUCUAGGGCGGCCUCGCGCCAGACAAGCAUGUUACCAGUGCUGCCGACGGCCUCUGGAAUCCUGCCGUUGGUGCGAGUCUUGGGGUCAGAUGAGCUACCAGCUCCUGGGAGCGACGCUGGGCAGGGAGGGCUGUGAUGCGCCUCGAGAGGAAACCAACAGCAUACUUCGCUGAGACAUCGCCAGGACCUCCCUGUGCUUACGCUGCUGCGGCCAGGACCCUGGCCUCCAAAAAUACAGGAGGGUGGGGAUUGCAGGGGAGUGGGAUGGUUACGCACAAAUCACACAGCAGCCUCUCCAUGGAUCUGUCAUUCCUAUCAAGUGCCAGGACAGGAGCGGGUAGUGGGAGCUGAGGGGGCAGGACCCAGGGUAAGUCAACGGGUCCUUACCAAGUCAAGUCAAGGGUGAGUCGACGGGGUAAGAUGUUGGUCCGUGUGGCUAGGAAUCCUUGUUCUGCAAGGCCGACUGAUGCAGCAAUGGGAUCUUCUUUCCCGCCCCCCCGGCUCAGCACAUUUCCUUUCCCGCACCUGCUGCCUCACCAGGGCUCUGGCCACCGGCCCAGACUCUCGGCAGGAACCACCACGGGUAACAGUCGUGUGCUCAUUGACAGUGGAGAUUCCUUGCUGUGGCCCUGGGAUUGGAACAGGAGUUCUCCAGAGGGAGGGUCUCCAGUGAGCUCCUGACCCCCACUUCCACUUCCCGGCAUUCCCUUUCAAGGGAACGAGAUGGAAGGAAAGGGUGAGAAUACUGGAGGAAAACCCCUCGCAAGGCAUUCAGUGUUGCUCAUUCUCAGCACCUUGACAGCAGAGGCGAGGGCAUAACUUCCAGUUCCCCUUCACUCAGACAUCUCCUUGAGGGGUCCCUGAAUCAUGACCUGGCCCCUUUUUCUGCACUGUCUUGGGCUGGCUAUUCCUCCAUGUGUUUUCUCCCCCCUCCAGUCCAACAGGUCGGCUUUGUUCCCCCUGCAGAAUCCUUGGCCAAGGCCUCCCUAGGUGCUGUGACAGAGUGCUGAGGCCCAACAGACCGGCCAGCACUCUGAUCUUUUCCCGUGUGAUGGCUGAUUGGGGGGGUAGGGAGCAAUUAGCUAAUCAGGUGGGGAGGUAGGGUGAGUUAGGGAAUUACUUGGAUGAAAGGCGGGGAGGCCGUUUUGGGAUGGCAGGAGACGGGGCUAACUGUGCCUAGAUUGAAGGAGAUCCCAAGGAAGAGAGAUCUGGUUUCCUCCCGGGGCCCUGCUGACCAGGGGCUGAAGGCAAGAGUUGUAGAGCGUAGGCGGGGCGUGUGGCAUUGUCCAGGUGUUGGUGGAGGGGACUUGAAUAAAUUAUACAGAGUGGACACUAAGAGAGUCUGAGGAGUUCCUGGGGCAGCCCAGGAUGCAGGGGAUACGCCCCCAUCACAAGUGACUCGUGAUUGGCGGGGGGAGGGGGCUCAAAUUAAGGUGUCCUCCCCCAAUCACUAGUUCCUCUUGGAAGUCUUGACCCUUGACUCCUAGGAACGGUCAGCGUGAGCGCGUGAUUGAGGCAGGUCUGAGCUGCAGAGAUUGGGUCUGUAUCCAAACUCCACCACAGCGUGUGCUGUUGGGAUUGGGGCUCCAGGUCGGGCCCCUCUCUUGGGGACAUGGUGCCUCCAGCUGACCAGGCACGACUGCAGAGGGUGAAGCCAGGAGGUAGGGAGCAAAGCCCAGCCCGGCCAGGCGGGUGUCUCUUGGGCCAUGCCUUCCUGCCUCCUCGACCACUCUACCAGGGCCGUCGCUGGUCUCCUUGUGAACAGCUGUGUCCCAUCCUCGCCUGGGUCACUGCAGCUCGGCUGGCUGCUUGGAAGAGGAGUUGUAAUCCCAGGAUAUGCAGGGCUGUAGUCUCCCUGCUCCACUGGGGGAGCUGCACUGGCUUUGGUGGAAUGGCUCCUGAUUUACACAGUAUCAGACCAGCGAGAGGGAGCUGGAAGGGCACCGCUGUAGCUUCCUGGAUUUCAAGGAGGACAAGGGCUUAUUUUGGAGGGUUGGAAGCACAGCACAUCACCCCUGUGGCACCUACGAGAGACCACCCUCCGUGGGCAAGCCCCUGUCUUAUGAGGCUGCCCCAAAGUCUCUCCAGGUGGGCUGAGCAGAGCUGUGCAUCACCUCCAUUAGAGCGCCCGCCUCCAGGCCGUGGUGGCUUUUCAUGGGGCUGUUGAGUGAUGCUACCAGGCUGGUUUCCACGUGGUUUGGGGAGAGGGGGCAGUCCCAGAUCCCUUGUGUCCGUUUCAGUGCAGCUGCCAGGCUGCCUCACGUCCAGGCAAGCUGCAGCUGGGAGAUUUUGGUGGUUCCCUCUCCCCAGCUGCAUCGGACCCAGGCUCAGUGCCGGCAGCAAAGGCUGCGGGUAGCGUCUCCUCUGGCAUGUGUGAAUUUAGUGCCGCUGGAGUGAGAGCCCCAGAGACCAGACGCUUCUGCUCGCCUGAGCCAGGGUCCCAGCCAAGCAGUGCCUGGGCCUGCUCCCUCCCUCGCUCUGCCAACGCUCCUCGGCCCUGACCUGCAGGUGACCCCUCUGAGGAAGUUUGGGCUCUGUGCCUAGUCUGCUGUCUCCGAACAAGGGCGUGUUGUGUGGUGGAUUUUGUGGUGUGGAUACCUGCCCUUGGAGAUCUGCACUGAGCCCCACCAAAGAGCCAUUGGCUACCAGUGAUGUUCAGUCCCAACCAACCUGGGCCAGACCCAGACCAGGGACCGUAGGAUAUAGGUACUCCCACCAAUCUCAUCACUGCAGUGUCUGAGCACCUAAAGGCCCUGUGUCCCAUAGCCUGGCCCUUUCUGAGCUGGAGUAGAGUCACCCGAUUGGCUUCUUGGGUGACGAUGGCCUGGUGCUGUCCAAAACGUCAGGACUCUGCAUCCAACCUGAAGAGACCCUGUGCUUUGGAUACAGAGCACUGGCUGGCCGUGCCGUCCCGCAGCGGCAAAGCAGAGGGUUAAUCACCUGGUGAAUUAACACCAAUGACCUUGGUGGCAGCAAUGUAUUGGGAGCAGGGGAGGUGGAGGGCUGGCACGUGGAGGGACUCCCAGGCCUGAGAGGGCCAGCCUGGGAAAGGCACUGGAAUACCCGGGAGAAGGAUUCAAAGGGAGCAGGCCGGGCUCAGAGGGUAGGUUUAGGCCUCGUGAGGAUCGAAGGGCGGGGCAGGAAGCCUGCCUGUGGUGCAGAAGGGAAGAGGAAGCCAGUCCCAGGAGCAGAAGCGGGAGUGGCAAGGGAUAGAAGGGCUGCCAAGUCAUUGACACGGCAGCGUGUGGGGUGGGUGAGGGGUGAGCCCAGUGGGCAGACUCGCAGAGAUGACAGGAGCCUGCCCCAAGGGGGUUCACCAUGGAGGUGAAUAAACCCGUCCCAGGAUGUCUGGCUGAGCAGAGCUAGCAGGGUGCUGCGUCAGGCACCACGUUCUUCUUGGUCCUACGUGCCAAGGCCCUUUGGCCAAAGCCAGAACAGAACACUCCCAGUCAUUCAAUCAUCCAGCAAUGGCUGCCUCGUUGGAGAUCAGGGAGGUGACACAGCUGAUAAGCAAUGGCAGAUGGGAAACUCUACCUAGAAACAUUCCCCUUGUUCGUUAAUUCUUUUUCUUUGGCGUGGUGUUGCGGGGAAUGGAGUAUGGAGAACAGGCCCCGUGGCAGGGUUACAGGCAUCCAAAAUAGGGAAGGAACCUGUGUGAUGUGUCUGAAACCAGGCAGAGGCCAUCACGGACCCUCGCCAGCAGAACAUGCGGGAUGGUCUAGGAGCCCCCUGGGAAGGUCAGGAGGUGCUGGGUACCUUCAGCUGGUGCUUUUCUGCUCUUAGUACUGGUGGAACGCAGCUCUGGUCCGUCAGACAGCUGUUACUGGUCUGCGCCGAAAGGCCAGGUUACCCUCUCGCAGGUCUGAGGGGGCACCUACCUCUGCUCUCUGAGCUGCCAAGUGCCCUUUCAGAGCCCUGCUGGGGAGAUCAGCUGCAACCUACGGGGUGACUCCUGGUCACUCAUGAGGAGAAAUCAGGGCCCCCCCCCCCGACCAGGGCAGUGUUGGAGAGCGGCAAGCACAAGAAUGUCCAAGCAACGUUCCCAGGAGUGAACCUGGCCUUGGGCUGUGAGGGCUCGUUGGGGUUGGGAUAAAGUCCUGCUCAGUUCUUCGGCUUUAAUCGUCACACUCUCUCUUCCUGAUUUUCCUGGGCAUUUUGAAGCUGCCGGUGCAGCCCUCUCUCGCCAGCCGCUGCUGCUUGCAAGUGGGAUCUGCCGUGCGCAUCAUCUGUUACUGUGUGCAGUCACACUGUAUUCUGCUGGCGUGGGACUGGCAUGCAAUCUGUGCCUUUGGUACUGCCGGAUGUCUAUUUUCAUUGGUUUGGAGGAUGCAAUAAAAUGCUGAGUAUUUUCGUCAA